UAAAAAAACAUGGCUGCUCCCGUGAUUUAGCAUGGCAUGCAGGUCGAACAAAGCAGCAAGUUUCCUGACAGCAUGAGUUUUCAUUUGUUGAGCUGAACUUCAGGCAGUUUGUAAACCCGAAAGAUUUAACAUUCAUGUUCCUGCAAAAAACUCGACUACCCGCCCUUAUCGCCUCCUGUCCCCUGCUUCCCUCCGGUUUUUCUUUGACCCGAAAGACAUUUUGGUUGAGCGUUGCUGCUGCUCGCAGGAGGCUGAGCUCUAUGGAUCCCGAAGAACCUGCUGAAGCUUCAGCCUCAAGAACGGGCCCUGAUGCGACGGGCUGCGCAGAGAAAAGCCCUGCCGUGGACCUGCUACCUGGAGAGACUGUAGUCAGGGAGGGGAAGGCCGCCAUUCUGUUUCCUAAUGCCAAUGAAGUGUUUUACAACCCAGUCCAGGAGUUUAACCGAGAUGUAACGUGUGCUGUAGUCACCGAGUUUGCCAGAGAUCUGCUGGCUCAGCGCGGAGUGAAGCUGGUGGUGCCUGGAGAAAAAGAAAAGGUGGUGGUCUCUCUGUCGGAGGAGAUGAACGAGGACGAUGUGCAGACCGAGGAGAAUAACGGAGCGCAGGAACCCACACUUACUGCGAUGGCGGGGGAGAAGUGCGAGCAAGGUAUCCGUGUCCUGGAGGCUCUGGCGGCUUCUGGUCUGCGCUCGGUGCGUUUUGCUCUCGAGGUCCCUGGCCUGCAGAGCGUCACCGCCAACGAUUUCUCCCACAAAGCAGCAGCUCUGAUUGCAAGAAACGCUCAGUACAACAGAGUCAGCCACCUGGUCCAGGCCAGCUGCAAGGACGCCAGCAUGCUGAUGUAUGAGAUGCGAGGGAAGAAUGAGCGCUAUGAUGUCAUCGACGUGGAUCCCUACGGCAGCCCCGCAUCUUUCCUGGAUGCUGCUGUGCAGGCUGUCAGCGAGGGAGGUCUUCUGUGUAUAACGUGUACAGACAUGGCCGUCAUGGCUGGAAACUGUGGAGAAACAUGCUACGGAAAAUACGGCUCGGUCUCCCUCAAAGCCAAGUACUGUCAUGAGAUGGCUCUUCGCAUUAUCCUCCACAGUUUGGACCAGCGUGCAUCUGUGUACCAGCGAUACAUCCAACCACUGCUCUCCAUCAGCGCUGACUUUUACAUCCGGGUCUUUGUUCGUGUUUUCACAGGACAGGCUACUGUCAAAAACUCAGCCAGCAAACAGGCUUUGGUGUACAACUGUGUCGGCUGCGGCUCUUUCCAUUUUCAGAGAAUGGGCAGAAGAAUCGACAACGGGAAAAACAUGAAGUAUUGUGCUGCCACAGGACCCCCGGUUGGACUGGAGUGUGAACACUGUGGACAGAGGCAUCAGCUGGGUGGUCCUAUCUGGGCCGAGCCCAUCCAUGACCUGGGAUUCGUCCAGAAGGUUUUAGCCGCCGUGUCGGGGAAUCCUUCCAGAUUUGGGACGUCCAAACGGAUCGCGGGGAUGCUCAGCAUGGUUGCUGAGGAGUUGCAAGAUGUUCCUCUUUACUACACAGUGGACAACCUGAGCAGCAUAAUCAAAAGUGAAACUCCUCCUCUGCUCCAGAUCAGAUCUGCUCUGCUUCAUGCUGGUUACAGAGUCUCUCUCUCUCAUGCUCGUAAAAAUGCCGUAAAAACAGACGCUCCUCCUGCAGCCAUCUGGGACAUCAUGCGAUGCUGGGAGAAAACCAACCCUGUGAAGAGGGAGAGGUUGUCCCCGGGUAGUCCUGCAUUCAACAUCCUCUCCACUGAGCCCAGUCUAGAGGCCUGUUUUACAAUCAGAGAGGAUGCCAACCCUGAGUCUCGUAAACAUCAUUUGACUCGGUUCCAGCUGAAUCCUCAACCCUUCUGGGGACCCAAAGCUCGAGCCAAAGCUGGUGGUGGCAUCUCUUCAGACCUGCAAGACAAGAGGAAGAAGUGCCAGAACAAGAGGGAGAACAAGAUCACCGACUCUUCUCAGCUGAAGAACUUUCCCUGCAAGAAGUUCAAACAGGGAACAUGUACACAUGGAGGUGACUGCUGCUACUCCCAUGAUGUGGAACUGAAGAGUGAAGAGAAAAUAGAUGAAUGAUAUAAUUUUAUUUCUGCAGCCUGGAUGACACACUCAGAAUGUUUUGGUUGAAGACAUCCAGAAAUGUACAUAUUGAUCUUUUAUGCAGUUUUGCAUUUCUCAGUGUAUUACUUUACAGUCUGGGCUGUACCUUUUAAAUACUUUGAUAUGGAUUACUCUCAGCUGCUACAAGGAGCGUGACUUAUGGCAAGUUCAACUUAAAUUCAAUAAAAAGAUCUGUACACGUCCUCAGCUAAAACACAUCGCUGCAUCCAUAUCAUCUUUAACAAUAAAACAAUUAUGAAACA